AUGGGCUUUGAAAUCAAAAGGUUUCAAGGUGACGUCGACGAAGAACUUAUUUGCCCUAUUUGUUCGGGAGUUCUAGAAGAUCCAUUACAGGCACCUGCAUGCGAGCAUGCAUUUUGCCGUGUCUGCAUAACUGAGUGGAUAAGUCGCCAACCGACUUGCCCAGUGGAUAGGCAGGCGGUUACCGCAUGUCAGCUAAGACCCGUUCCUAGAAUACUACGCAACCUGCUAUCUAGAUUAUGCACAAGUUGCGACAAUUCACCUCAUGGAUGCAAUGCUGUACUGAAACUGGAUUCAUUGGCAUCACAUUUAGUUGAAUGCGAAUUUAACCCUAAGCGGCCAAUGCCUUGUGAAGCAGGCUGUGGUUUAGUUAUACCGAAAGAUGAGCUAGCAGAUCACAACUGUGUGCGAGAGUUGCGUGCAUUAAUAACCUCCCAGCAGGGUAAGCUAACAGACUACCAGCAGGAGCUAGCAGAACAAAGACUGAUCAUCAAUGAACACAAAAGGGAAUUGGCCCUACUUAAAGAGUUCAUGCGUGCAAUGCGCGUGUCAAAUCCUACGAUGCGAGCGCUGGCCGACCAGAUGGAGCGUGAUGAAGUUGUGCGAUGGGCUGGUUCACUAGCCAGGGCCAGAGUCACCCGCUGGGGUGGCAUGAUCUCUACACCCGAUGACGUCCUGCAGGUGAUGAUGAUUAAGAGAAGCUUAUCAGAAUCUGGAUGUCCUCCACACAUUAUUGAUGAUCUGAUGGAAAACUGCCAUGAGAGGCGAUGGCCACCUGGUCUCUCUUCCUUAGAAACUAGACAGAACAAUAGAAGAUUGUAUGAAAAAUAUGUAUGCAAAAGAGUUCCUGGAAAGCAAGCGGUACUUGUCUUGCAGUGUGACAAUACUCAUGUCGAUGAACAUAUGAUGGUAGAACCUGGCCUCGUAAUGAUAUUUGCUCAUGGCAUUGAAUAG